GCGGCCUGCCGCGGCCUCUGGGGCCUGCUGCCUUCGCCAUCGCCUGGCACACUUCAGGGACAGGAGGAGCUCGCUCGCUGCAGGCAUUCAAGUGUUUACGCUUGUCUGCUUUGCUUUCCACCAGCGAUCCUCAGCCGCUCUCGCUGUGUCUUGAUCUUCUGAGAUGUCAGCAUAACGAGUGGAUGGUCUUGUAGAUUAGUUAUACAAUAAUCUUGUCUUCUCCAUACUCAUCGUGAACGGUCCUCAUAAAAUGGAUGGUUUGGGCAACCUCCUUCCUCUUGUGGGUGAAAGUGGUGAAGCAGCUAAUUCACAAGAAAUACUAAAACUUUUGAUGGAUGAAAAAAUGCGAAGUGAACACCACAAAGCAAAUUACCAAACUCUAAGGGCAGAACAUCUAAGAUUGCAAGAGGAUUAUACCAAAUCACAAGAUGAACUGAAAAGGCUGUUAGUUGAAAAACAGACUGUACAUGACAAGUUUCAGCAGCUUCUUGCUGACUUUCAAGAGCAGUUGCUGGCUAAAACACAAGAGCUGGAACAAGUGAAGCAGCAGGUGCUAACUCCUCAAAAAUUAGAACAGUUAAAAGCAAAAAUGUAUGAGGAAUUGGAGUCUCCUAUGAGAGAGCGUUAUCAGAAGCUAGAAAAUGAAGUAGAAAAAUACAGAACACUAUAUAACAAACUUCGUUAUGACCAUACCUUUCUGAAAUCAGAAUUUGAGCAUCAAAAGGAAGAACAUGCACAUAUUUUAGAAGAGAAGAAAAUAAAAUAUGAGACUGAGAUUGCAAGACUGGAUAAAGAUAAGGAAGAACUCCAUAAUCAGCUGCUUAGCAUUGAUCCCACAAGGGACAGUAAACGUGUGGAGGCACUUUCCAGAGAAAAGGCACAACUGUGUCAGAAAUUAAAAGCCUUAGAAGCAGAAGUCGAAGAACUAAGAGCAGAAAGACACAACAGUGUUGUGCAAGCAGAAAAUAUUCAAAGAGUACAAGCGCGCCAGUUAGCUGAGAUGCAGACCAUGAUGCGAUCUCUAGAGGCAGAAAAGAAGUCUGCUGAACUACAGGUUGAUCGCAUUGAGAAAGAGCUGCAGACAAGUCAUGAGCAAAACAUUCUCUUAACUAGCAAACUCCACAAAUCUGAACGAGAAGUCAAUUCCUUAGCUGCUCAAGUAAAAGAACUUAAACAUUCACAUAAGUUGGAAGUAACAAAUGUCAAACUGGAGGCAGCAAGAGCAAAGAGUGAAAUAGAAAGAGAGAGAAACAAGAUUCAAAAUGAAAUGGAUGGAUUGCUGUCUGACAAGGAAAUUCUUACUGCAGCUGUUGAACGUCAUAAAGUGCUUUUAGUAGAAAAGGAUCGGGAGCUAAUUCGUAAAGUGCAAGCUGCCAAAGAGGAAGUUUUUGACAAUAUUGCAGCCUUACAGAAUGAAAAGUUAGAACUUGAAAACAGAUUAGCUGAUCUAGAAAAGAUGAAACUGGAACAAGAUUCUUGGAGGCAAUCUGAAAAGGAUCAGUAUGAAGAGAAACUGCGUGCUGUGCAGAUGGCAGAAGAAUCUAGCAAAAAGGAACUUCAGCGUUUGCGAUUAAAAAUUCACCAGCAAGCUAUGCAGACAAAAGAGCUGGAAGAAAAGAAAUGUGAAAAUGCUAAUCUGAAACAGCAAAUAAAUGAUAUCCAACUCCAGCUUGCCUCACUUUCUCAAUCAGAAAAAGAUUUGCUGGAAUCUAAUCAAAAGUUGAAGGAAAUAAUAGAGAGAUUGAAACAAGAAUGUCAGCAUGCGAGGGCCCAGGCAGAGAAAGCUCAACUGGAAACAGAGAAGACUUCAGAAUACCAGCGUAUGGAAUGGCUGCAGGAGAAGCAUAUGCUUACUCAGCGCAUCACAGAGUAUGAAGAGAAAUACAAGCAAAUGAAGAACAAGCUAUGUCGAGCUGCUGUUGCUCAGAAAAAGAGAAAGACUCUCAAUGACAAUAAACAAAGGAGGAUGCAUGAGAAAAUAGAACUUUUGGAAGCCAAGAUGGAAGAACUAGAAAAGGAAAAUCAAGUGUUGAAUAGACAGAACGUUUCCUCUGAAGAAUACAUUCGACUCCAGAAGAGGCUAAAGGACUUGCAACGUCGGCACAAUGAAUUCCGGAAUAUAAUUCUGAAUCCUGAUAUACCGUCCCUCAAUCCAGUCGGUGUAACGCCGUCGUCUGCCUUGCCUCCUGGGCCUGCAGCAUCCUUCUCUUUUCUUCAGGAGGAGCAGCAUCAAAGAGAGCUUGCCCUGCUUGGCAAGCGAUUGGAAGAAUUAGAAACCAGACAAAGAAAACAGCUGGAAGAUCUUGGACCAUCUAGGGAGCGGGUAAUGGUGGGAUGCGGGGACUUGGCAAGAAAUAAGAUCAUUGGAGAAGAUGAAGCACAAAGCGAGGACUCCAAAUAAAAUCUGCAUACUUUUUAUUUUGUCUUUCAAUAACUUAUCUUUUGUACAUGCUUUUCAUAUUUUGCCAAAAACAUGGUUGUGUGUGCCUGAUCAGCAUAAAAUAUAUUCUGCAUAGUUA